AUGGCUGAACCGGUUUCGCUGGCCGCUUCUCUUAUAACGAUCGCAGCUACCGCCUCUGAACUGUGUCAAACUGUUUAUCAAACCCUUUCCGCCCUGAGCGAAGUGCCAAAACAGCUUUGCUACAUCCACAGCGAUCUCGAGGACUUUUACAAAGUUUUAGGAACGCUCCAGGCUCUCCUUCGUGAUGAAGAAACUGUCGGCGGUGUGGUGCAACCCAUCACAUCUAUCAACCUUCAGAACGUUUUGAAUAACUCUGUUGUCAUUUUCAAGGAACUGGCCUGUCUUAUCAAGCCCUUUGAAGAACAGGGGGGCUCGACAACUUUGACACUUUGGCAACGAGUCAAAUGGGUCUUUCGAGAGAAAGAAAGAUUAGAACUAAGAAAGAUGUUGAUAGCAAACAAGAUCACGCUGAAUCUAGCCAUUUCGAUAGCAUACCUUUAUAAUUCGAGCGCAUGUCAUGCAAGAGACGCAAGGAUGCAGACUAACAUUCUCACCCGCAUUCGCAAUAUCGAGGAUACCCUUCCUUCAAUACUCCAACAGUUUGAAGAUAUAAAGGCCGCCAGACUUCCAAUGUCGGCCCCCUAUGGCAGGACUGAGCGAGAAACUCUUAGGUCCGACCAUGAUUUUGCCCUCCGCAACUUUCUCAAUGAUGCGACAUCAUUGUUCUCCAGUGAUAAUAUCCGGAAUGCUCCCAGCAUGCAAGUCAGCUCGUUCUUAGGCUCAAAGGCUACUGACGCGGUCACAUUUCAAACAGCGCCAGCGCGAGUCACUGCGAGGAGUAGGAAUGCCAACAAUACAGAACCAUCGCAACACUCUCCCAUACGAUACUCAAAGAGAAAAUUUAGAGGAAACGUACCUCCUUCAGGUCAUGAGCUUGAAUCCGACGUUUUAGACGGGCUCAAAGAGCCUGCCUCAGCUCCGAGAACACGUUCAGCCCUGGGAUCCUCCAUCCCCAACAGACCCUCCAGCCAAGCUAAUAUUAAAGGUGGUUUGCUCGGUGAAAAGAUAUUUCGCUUACUCAGCAAGAUCCGGCUAUAUCGCAGACUUUUUCUUCCACCAGAUGACUCCACGCCAGGUCCCUCUCACCCUUUGGCAGGGGACAAGGCCUGUUUCCCAGAAAUUUCAGGGGAGGAACAGUGGAAUCAACAACUCUCACGGUACGAGAUGGAGGCUUACGAGAUGGCGAUCUUUCGGGACUAUGAGAUGCCGUCAACUUAUGAGCUGCCGUCAAGUUACUACGCCGAUUGGGCAGAUAAUCCUCUGCCAGAAAGAGAGAAUGUCAUAGGCAGGAGGGAUCUGGCCAUUAGGGCUAGUCCUGAUUGGGCAUAG